AUUGGCAUUUGAAGUAUGUUUUGUGACCGAGAAGAAUGUAUUUGAUGUGAUCUCGAUUAGCUGAAGUGGCUGUAAGCAAAUUGUUUAUUAUUACUACAUCCUUGAGAAGGAAGUUAAAGAAAUUUCUAAGGAAAUGGCUUCCUCAGUAUUGAUUUCGAUAUCUUCAUAUUUGAUUAAAAAAAUAAAAAUAAAGUUUUCUAGAAAUGGUCUAAAAUGUACAAGGUUUCAUUGACCAUUCAAAAAUAAUCAACCAAAAGACUGGAGAACGGUGGAAAUUCUUGCCAAACUGAUUAAAUUUAUUGCAGAAAGCUAACCCAUGGAAACAUAGAAUUAAUCAAAUUACAGCAGCUGUCUGCAGCUUUGAAUCCAUAAAUUAAAAAAGCAUAGAUCAUGAAUCAGAAAGAACAACACAACAUGGCCCAGGAAACGUUCUUAUACAGCUCUGUCUCGCGCGGCACGGCGGUAUUGGCCGAGCACGUGGAGCUUUCCGGAGAUGGGAACUUGCCGGCGAUUGCUGCACAAUGUCUGCAGAGGCUGCCGCUGACCAACAACAAGUUCACUUACAAUUACCAUCGCCAUAGUUUCAAUUUCUUAGUCGAAGAUGGAUACGUGUAUUGCAUCGUGUCGAGGAAGGAAUCGGUGGGGAAUCAGAUAGCAAUGGCAUGUCUGGAGAGAAUAAAAGGCGAGUUCAAUAAACGGUACGGAGGCGGCAAGGCCGACAGUGCAAUUGCAAAAAGCCUCACCGCAGAGUUCAGUCCUGUAAUGAAAGAGCAAAUGCAAUACACAUUGGAUCACGGUCAUGAGAUAGAGAAGCUGGCUAGGGUUCAAGCACAAGUCUCCGAGGUCAAAAGCAUCAUGCUACACAACAUCGACAAGACAAUCGAGAGAGGUGCAAACCUGAGCAGUUUGAAUGACAAGGCCGACGACCUGCGCAAUUCCGCUGAAGAAUUUAACGUAAGAGGGGGACAAUUGAAAGGGAAGAUGUGGCGGCAGAAUAUGAAAGUGAAGCUGGUGGUGUUUGGGAUUAUCUUUCUCUUGGUACUCAUCAUUUGGCUAUCCAUUUGUCGUGGCUUUAAUUGCUCCAAUUAAUUCAUUAUAUGCAUAAUAGUUUCCUACAUAUACUGCUAAUUAGGUUAAUUACUCAUUAUUUUGUUUGUUAUUGUAAGAUUUGUUUAUUUGUGUGUGUAUUUUUUAAUCAUUAUUAUUCCAUCAGAAAAAUAAUAAAAUAAAAUAAAAUUAUAUAAUAGACAUUUAUGGGCCAGCAGAAUAGAGCUGU